CUGAAAGCGGAGCGAGAGAAGAGGAAGAAAGAGCGUGAAAAACAAUAACAUCAAGCAUCGAAAGUUCCACAUGCAGGGCGUGGUUCCCGUAAGACGAUCGAAGAUAAAAUACCAUAUUCCUGCGAGGAUUGAUUGCAUGGACACCUGUCACGUGACAAGAGGCCAUGCAACCAACUUUCACGCGAUGAUCGGCCACGCAAAGAGAGAGGUGCAUUGGAUCGUAAGGAUUCCAGAGAUAGACUGCGUGAGAGGGAAGAUGAUCGGUGCAGGGAAAAAGGAUGAUCGGCGUAGGGAAAGAGAACACAAAGAUCAUCGCGACCGCGAUUCUUCACAUAAAGGUUACACUCGGGAUUCCUCCAAUAGGAGGAUCUAGAAUUCUCUUUGACAGAUCUUGAGCGUGAUUUGUGUUUUUUCACCAAAGAUGAGUUGUUUGCCGUCUUGGUAGGUCUUCAGACCGGCAAAUUGCCUGGGUCUGAUGGUCUUUCAACAGAAUUUUAUGUUUGUUUUUGGGAUGAUCUCAGCAAUUCUCUCGUUUCUGUUUUAAACGAGUCCUUUCGUGCUGGCUGUCUUGCUGAUAGUCACUAUGAGGGUCUCUUACACCUUAUCCAUAAGAAAAAUGAUCAGCGUUUUCUGAAAAAUUGGCUCCCAAUUUCUUUAUUGAAUACAGAUUACAAAUUAGCGUCUAAGGUUAUUACAGAACAUUUGAAGAAAGUAAUGAGUUCUAUUGUCCACCAAGAUCAAAUGUGUGGUGUUGUUGGCUGCACUAUUUUUUCUAAUUUGUCUUCACUCUGUGAUGUUCUUCAUAUGAUUGAUAAGACCAACAAGCCUUGUAUUCUUGUCUCUCUUAAUCAGGAGAAAGCCUUUGAUCGUGUUGAUCAUGAUUUUAUGUGUGUUCUGCGGAAGUUUGGCUUUGGCCCUUCCUUUUGUAAUUGGGUUGAAUUAUUUUAUGCCAAGGAUUUUUCCUGUAUCUUAGUUAACGGCUCCCUGUCCCCCCCUGUUUUUCUUCAGAGGGGUGUUAGACAAGGCUGCCCGCUUUCGCGUCUACUUUAUGUUUCGGUUUUGAAAGUCUUAUUGACACAGAUACGUAGAUGUUAGGAUAUUGAAGACUUCCUGUUCCCUAGAGCCAGGGGCCUUCAAUAUAAAAUCUCACAGUAUACUGAUGAUGCCGCAAGUGUUUUGAAAAUGGAAGGAUCUCUUUGCUUUCUUCUUAAGGUAGUGCAUAAGUUCGAACUGGGCUCAGGUGCUCAAUUGAAUACUUCCAAGUCAGAAGCAAUGGGGCAUGGGAGGUGGCGUGUGAGGGGGGAUUCCACCUUUGGCUUAAGUGGGUAAACAAAAUGAGAGUUUUAGGUGUCUUUUUUUCUAAUGGUUUGGUCGGUGUUGAUGAUGACAACUGGCGGACUAAGUUCGAUAAGCUUAGCUCCAUCUUGAGCCUCUGGAAACAAAGAGAUCUUUCUCUUGUAGGCCGAGCUCUAAUUGUUAAUGUCCUGGCCGUGAGCUGCCUAUGGCAUGUUGCUUAAGUCAUUCCCCCGCCCCACUGGGUGCAUGAUAAAUUUAAGUCUAUUGUGUGGCCCUUUAUUUGGAGGGGCAAAAUGGAAAAUGUCAGUCAUGAUCAUUGUUGUGCGCCCCUAGCAUCUGGGGGCCUUAACAUUGUUAAUUUUAAAGUUAAGUGUGCUAGUUUGUGCCUUUCUGAUUUUUUAAGCCUUAGGGAUGAUUUCGGCACCUGUAAGGCUGGUGCCUUACCUGAUGUUUUGACUUGUAAGAAUUUGUAUUUCUUGCUUCUUGAUCCUGUUUGCGGUGCACACUGGUGCUCCAGUUUUUGGGGCUCUGUAGUAGGUCGCCCCAUUGACCGUUGGGCCUGGGUGUGGCAUAAAUCUAGACUCAAAUUGAUCAAAAAUAACAAAAAUGAUAUCAUUUGGCUUCUAAUUAAUAGGAUUGUUCACAUGCAUUAUUUGUUCAAAUCUUGGGGCUACAUUACUAAUGAUAAGUGUGCGAUAUAUAACAGGCCUGAAACAAUCGAGCAUUGUUUCUUGGAAUGUCCCAGAGUGGUCAGAGUCUGGGACCAUUUCUCCCCACUUUUCAGUAUUUUGCUUGAUUCUCCUCUUUCUGUCUUUUCUGCAUCGGUGUAUUACCCUUUUUCUUCUGACCAGUCUUCUACUGGUGCUUCCCUUUCUGAAUAUUUAAUGGCAACGAUUAUCUAUUGGUGUUGGUUUGCUAGAAAUCGUGCUACUUUUAGAUGUUGUUUUGAAUGGCCCUUUUUACAGUUCCUGGUGCCAUAUUGGAUUUGUAACCGCGCAAACAUGAUAGUGAGGUUAGUGUUGAGUCGCGUUGCGAGUUUUAGGGAGAUUAUAGUGAAGUGUGGCAGCGCUCUGUUGUUUUCAUCAAGAUAUUUUGACAAUGAACGACACUUUCCCGACGCAGGAUACUCCUCCUUCCUCUUCGAAAAGAAGAGGAAGACACUGUGCUGCUUUUAGCUGUGCUAAUAGCUAUUAUGACGCAAAAGGCAAUCCAACAGGUCUCCACUUCUUCUCGUUUCCAAAGGACGUUCAGCAGCGAAACAGAUAGUGCAAUCUUAUGAAGCGCCAGCAUGGAAAGGAUGGAUUCUUCGUCACAAAAUCAACUUUUUUGUGCUCGGAACAUUUCAAAAAAAAGACAUCCAAAAAACGUUGGCAGGUUGCUGGGAAUUAGUGAAAGGUUUGUAAUGUUUGUUCAGUUGUUUUGUUGUUGCCUGGAUACUGAAAGAAAGCCCUUUGUCGGAGUGCCAGCUUUGGUUUUGAUUUCGGUCGUGUAGUGUUUACACUGUGACUUUUUAAUAAACUGUUGAUAUUUGUAUCUCAAUGUGCUCUGUGGUCUUAUACGAUAUUUUGUGAACUGAAUGUAAAUUUUAAUAAUAUAAUUAAUAAUAUUAUUUUAAAAAAAAUGUUUUUUUUAUUAUUAUAUGUAGGGGCAGAACCAUCUCAAUUUAACUGGUCAGUGCCAAAAAAAACACAGAAACCGCCUGCUGUAAGGGUCCCAGUAGCAACUGUUACAACCCAAGAAGAGUCAUGUGAAGUUGAAGAGGAAUUCUUUGGCCCAGAAGUUCAACCAUCCGUGUCAACUGUCAACACUGCUUCACCUUCACCAGCCCGGGAAGAAUCAGAUGUCCUUAAGCUGCAAUGGGAAAUCGAGCAACUUAAAGUAGAAUUAGCUGACUUUAAAGUAAAACUUAUUGAGGUUGAGAAAGAGAGGGAGAUUUUAUUGGCACGCCAGUUUUCACUGGACAAAAUUAAAGAUGAUGAUUCAGCAGUUCUAUUUUAUACUAGAUUUCCAAACUAUGCAGCACUCAGGCUUCUACAAUUUCAUUGAACAGAAGUUGAAAAAGAUGCAGUACUGGAAAGGAGAGAAAAUUCUUUAAAGAGAGUCAGCCAUACCAAAUGGAGGAUAACAGAAAAAA